GCAACGGAUAAACAAAAAUGGCGGUCUCGGCCACUGUGUUAUGGUCCUCCAUAAACAUCUUUAUUUUAUUUCUCUCGCUAAGCGUCGUGACUACAAACGAAAAUGUAACGAGCCAUACAUUUAAUACGACAUCGUUUGGUCACCAUAACGUCACGUAUAACGUUACCGACAGUUAUACAACUACACAGCCUACAGAGUUUGGGGCCACAAAACCGACACCGAGCUACAGCAGCACGGAGGAGCCCGUUCAACCAACCCCACCCUCUAAACCCCUGCCCGUCUCCGGGUGCUUGCUCGUUUCUGCUACCAACGUUGACAGGUUGUGUCCCUGUGACGAGCACAAGGGUGUGUGUGACAUCAACUGCUGCUGUGACAGAGAUUGUAGUGAGGAGGUGGCUCUUUUCACCGGCUGCUCAGUGCGCACUGUCAGUGGCAACAAGAAGCUUUGCAGCUGUGAUGUAGCGUCUUACUCUUUAGGGAGUACCAUAGACGGCUUCUCAGAGCUACAGUUUUCUGUCAGGAAGGAGACAAAUUAUGACAUUUUUUGCAUUCAGUCACAAAACCGUAUUGAUGGAUUAUCUCAACCCUCAUCUGCUCUUCCAACUGACACCAACUUUGACUGGUUGUUUAAACAAUUUACCAGCUUUGUUUUCGGCUUGGAGGAAGACAGUGGUCAAAUGUCCACUGCAGAGGUCCAGGCCUCAUCUGGUUACCAGUAUGGGGAUGAGAUGGUGACAGCAGGGGCAAGUGGAGAGAGAGGGAUUUUCUGGCUGCCAGCUUCUGGUAUCACUGCUGAUUGUUUGGACAAAAGUCCUGCAGCAUUCUUAAAGGAUCAGAGCAGAGCAUGUUCCCGGCGUGUGGUCCUGGGUCAUGACUGCAGCAGUCUGCUGGCCUUCAACAUGGACACCUACACUAACAUCCAGCUCUUUGCUGGGAAGAAUAAAGAUGCAGCAGUUGUUCCUGUGGCGGUAGCGACAGUCAUCCUAAAUUCUGUAGAUGGGACUCAGACUGAGUUGAAUAUCAGUGGAGGAGAAAACCUAAGCCCUGUUCUCCUGAACCCAGACCUCUGUGCUAAUGUGGUGCUGAAGGUUGUAUAUGUAAUGAAGUACAACCGAGCCGGUGAGAUAGUGAAUGUGACGGUGUCUCUGGUGCUUGGAUUUGUCCAUGAAGCAGCACUGCCCCUGAAACAGGAGUUCCAUAUUACUUUUGUCCAGCAGGAUGGUGAGGAGGUGGCGCUCCACUACAGUGGAAAUCCAGGUUAUGUGGUUGGACUGCCUCUUGUGUCUGGAACAAGAACAGCAGAUGGGAUUGUCAGCAGCAUCAACCUCAGAGACCGACUGUCUCUUCUCCAUAGCACUGAGGACCAAGACUGUCUGCAGGGUCCACAUCAGCGCUCCCCUGUCCUGUUCGGUCUGGAUUCUGUGUCUGGCUGCAAAUUAAUACUGGAGGAUGCUGCCAACUGCUCCCUGGUCUCCCAGGUGCUUCUGGAUGUUCUGAGAGGACCAAACUAUCCCCAGUAUGUGGCCUCCUUUGGAAACUCCCGAUUAAACAAUCCACUGGACUGGGUGCAAAUCAAGAACAACUUCAGUCCUGGGGUGAGCAUGGAAGCCCAGAGUUGCAGCAUCCCAUUGUCACUUCAUUUAGAAAUUGAAUGGACCAAAUAUGGAUCCUUGGUGAACCCCCAGCCUGAGAUUGUGAGCAUUAAAGAAGUUAUCCAAACCAACACCACCAGCUUGGCCCUGUCAUCUGGUGGCAGCAGCAUCCUGUCAAUCAGAAUCUCAGCGGCCUUCAUACCAGUGUCUGCUGCUGCUCUUCCUGGUUACAGAGCUACGCCUACCAUUAAUGCCAAACUACCCUUUGAUUUCUUCUUCCCUUUUGUCUGAUCCAACAGCUACCUAACAGUCCACUCACCAGUGUAUGCUAACAUUUAGUCAUAAAUACCAUGCAUGCAUGUGCAUAGCAUUUAUGACAACUAGCAUUGUUUCUGUGAUCAGUUUAUUACGGUGUAUUGUGAAUAAUGUAUAUAGGAUUUUUUAACAUUUUUUAAUAAAUGAAAUCAUUUCA